UGGGGGAAGUUGCGACGUUUUACUCCGUUUCACCUUCACCCUCGCUACUGAAGAAGGGAACUACCUACGUCAUUGUUGCCAAUACAAAAUGGCACCUCACGUUGGCCUUACUUGGCCUGAGGGUAUACCCCUCGAGAUAUUCUCGAUGAUCUUCCAAUACAUUCCCGACCGUGAACGAAAGGCUCUGCGCCUCGUUAACCAAGAAUUCAACUCCAAACUAAUCAGUAUAAUCAUGAGACAAGUUGUUAUAUGUGUAAGCCCGGGUUUUAGCACCAAGAUGGAUGCUAGUCGCGGCCAUGAUGGCUCCCAUACUCUGAUCGACUUCACACAGCGCUUAAUAAAUUCUCCUAUCGCUCAAUGCUACGGACCGCAAAUUCGACGCCUCGGGAUUGCACUCGAUCUGAAUGAAAUUGAUAUCGCUAGCCCGGCUAUCUGUGAUCUAGAAGAUAUCGUUGUUCGCCCCUGGGGUCCGUACAGAUGGCCCAUCGACCCGGAAGACAGAGGCAGUGCAGAAUUAAUCAUGGACAACAUAAUUGACGAACUAGAGAAGUCUCAGGGACAAUUUAACCUCUUAGAUAAUGCUACAAAUCUUCGAGAAAUUGCGCUGUCCUGUGAAGGAGGCCUGGGCUAUCUCCAAGGGCCCGAUGUUAACCCUCGGCAGCCUCAGAGACAGCCUCCCGUAUUUGGCAAGGCCAUUCCGGCUCGAGAGACUGAUGAUGAAUCUCUCCAAAUUUUAUUCGACAAGUCAUACAAAAUAGAAAUGUCGGAGCGAAAGAUGGCUGCCCAGGGAGUGGAUCCCUCAAAAUUUCCGACCAUGAUCUACCGGCUUCUCAUGAAUGAGGAAAUCAGCCUGGAUGAGUUCAGUCGCGAGCAACGACAAAGAUCCCCUCUCCCUCUUUAUAACCCCGCACAGGCCUUCAUUCCGCGAGAGAGAGUUCCUCGCGAUCCCAAGCGCAAUGAUCGACUUCGCUUGCAACCUGGCCUUCCAGUCCAGACGCAGCUCAGAUUCAUAUACCGGCACAUCCAAGCUGAAGAGGCCCUGAUCUUAUCCUUCUUCGUAGGAUUCAUGGAUAAAUGCCAUCUUUUGACCAAUUUGACGAAGUUGAACAUUACGCGCAUUUCGAGCUUCCAUCUCGAUUCUCUGUGUCGUCAUGACUUCUGGACUAGCGUUCCCUCGCUGAAUGAGGUGGCACUGGGUGUAAUUCCCGAAUGGACGAGCCUGGAGCAGCGAAAAGGGCAUCCUAUUGAAGCCAGACAAGUUUACCCGACGGAUGCGAUCCCCAAGGUCUUUAAGUUGCUGAGCGAAUACAUAGGAAAGCAACGACGGAUCAAGCGUCUUCACUUCGAGUGGCAUUGUGGUGGAGAGCUGGCAGCUGGAUGUGUUCAACGAAACAGAUAUAUCCUCCCGGCCCCUUUCUUGAAGAACCACCGUAAGGUGAUCGAUUGUAGUGUGGAAAAUCUCUUGUUCCUCCCAUACGUCACCCACUUGUCGCUCAAGAACUGCUGGUUUGCACCACAUGUUUUCUAUUGUAUUAUCUACACCAUGGGCAGGGUGAUGUCUAUUGAGGAAUUGGUGCUAGAGUCGGUAUCGCUGAGUGGCCCGCCGAUACUUCAACCGGGUAUCUUAGAUAUCGAACCAGAAGAGGACCCCCCUAAUACUCAUUGGAGGGGAGGCACUUUACCGCAAAUUCCACUCCCGAAACCCGAGUAUUUAUCCUGGCUGCAUAUCAUUGAUAUGCUAACGCCUGGCGUAACGGUAAAGGAACUUCAAUAUCUGGAAGAAUGGGGUGAGUUUAUGCCACCGCUUCGUAUCAAGAAGGAAUUGAGUCUACGGAAAAUAGUCUUCAUAUCCUGUGGCUAUGUCGAAGUUCGUGACUAUCGAUUCAUCUCGAACCGUCGAUUCCGCGACCUUAAGAUGCCGGAUUAUCUCGAAGAAUUGCGCGACGGGUUUCGAAAGGAGUUCGAGCCGAAACGUCAAGCCCUACGGGAGUAUUUGCAGCUCACCACCGAUAGACAUCUCGCCAAGAUCGUCCCUGUGAUGAGUGAAUAUGAAAAGUAUGCUAUGAAACGGGUCUUUGGCCUUGAGACUGGAUGGAACUUUGUGUACGAUCGGACUGUCAUUGAAGCCGCCCAGCGCGACGGUGUCGUAGCUCCUGGGAUUGGACGCUUCAGCGGUACUAUUGAGGGCGGCCCUCCUCGAGAGGACAAUUAUAAGUAUGAACCAGACCCCAACGUACGAAGGAGAACCGUUGAUUACUAUUUCGACACGACGUUUUAUGAACAAGGAUACAACGAUCUAGAGGGCCUCGAUAACUUGAUGCAAGGUAUCGAGGCGGCUACCGGAUACAGUUUUGUCGGCCCGGUGGCUCCCAUGAUUAUUCCGCCCUGGGUGACUAUGUUCUGGGAUUUGGACUGGUCAUACUAAACCUACGUA